UCGCGCCUCUGGGCUGGCGGCUGGUGAAGCUCAGUGUGAGCCAGGCGGAGGCGGGAGCCGGAGACUUCUCAGGAGCCGCGCGGUGGCAGUUGCGGCGGCAGAGCGCGGGAGCCCGGAGCCGGAGCCGGAGCCGGCCGGGAAGGCAGCUAAUAAUUGGAGAAUUUCUUCAGACUGAGAAUCCAGAACAGUCAUUAAAUAGGGAAUUUCUUUAAAACACCUAGACAUUCCACCCAGAGAUCUCAAAGUACUUUAUACAUACGUGGAUUGAGCCUGGCAACACUCUUAUGAGAGAGAACAGUAGUUUCCUAUUUUCUGUUCCUGUUAUCUCUGAUCUACAAUGAGUGCCAAAUCUACUAUCGGUAAAGAAAUUUUUGCCCCACAUGAUGAAAGGAUGUUGGGAGCUGUCCAAGUGAAAAGAAGAACAAAGAAAAAGAUUCCUUUUCUAGCGACUGGGGGUCAGGGUGAAUAUUUAACCUACAUCUGCCUGUCAGUGACUAACAAGAAACCAACUCAGGCAUCUAUUACAAAAGUCAAACAGUUUGAAGGUUCCACAUCCUUUGUAAGGAGAUCCCAAUGGAUGCUUGAGCAGCUUUGUCAAGUCAACGGUAUAGACCCAAAUAGGGAUUCCCCAGAGUUUGAUUUACUAUUUGAAAAUGCUUUUGACCAAUGGGUAGCAAGCACAGCUUCUGAAAAGUGCACAUUCUUUCAGAUUCUUCAUCACACUUGUCAGCGGUACCUUACAGACAAGAAGCCAGAAUUUAUCAACUGCCAAUCGAAAAUACUGGGAGGAAACAGCAUACUCCAUUCAGCAGCAGAUAGUGUGACCAGUGCAGUACAGAAGGCAAGUCAGGCUUUGAAUGAGCGUGGUGAAAGGUUAGGUCGAGCAGAGGAAAAGACAGAGGAGCUGAGAAACACUGCUCAGCAGUUUGCAGAAACUGCACACAAGCUUGCUAUGAAGCACAAGUGUUGAGAAACUGCCUAUCAUAGAGAUCUUUCCAAGAGAAACUGAAAAGCUAAGUUCAGCAACUUUUACAGGAGAUCCAGACUUCCACCUGCUUUAUCCUUCCAACUUGGUGAAGAACAGUUAUUUCAGUUACCAUGCAGGAAAUGGUUAAUUCCUAUGGUUUUAUGGUUAUCUCACUAAGCAAUGCUGCUGUACCUCCAAAGUUUGUUUUUUUUUUGUUUUGUUUUGUUACUUAAGCUGUAGUUGGUAUUUUUAGAAACAUGGAAAUUGGACCAAAUGACAAGCUGGACAGGUUUAAGCUGACAACUUUUUAUCACACAAGAAGAAGUAUUACAUUGGCUACGAGUGGUUUUACUGUAUGGAAAUAAAAUCUAAGUAAUGUUUAUGUGAGCUUUUUCAUUUCCUGUAGAGCUAACAGAAUUUGCAAGGUGGAAUUAUAUUUUAGACCGUAGUAUUCUAGUUGGAAAACAGACUGGUUUGCCAUGGGAAACAACAGGCCUUAUGAUUUCCUCCACUCAGAGUAGGAGUUUUUGCAUGUGCCAUCACCAGCCUUCAGAAGUGCAGAUCUCUGCUACAAGAUGUGAUCCUGCUAUCCAUGCUGCAUUUCAAGUAUUUCUUGUCUUAAUUUUCAGAUUGAUUACUUGGAUUGUAUAAGGAAACCUAACGAAUGUACAUUUAAGAUUUUCUGAUCUAAGAAAAAUCUGAUUUUUAAAUCUGCAUGCGUGCACACACACGCGUGUGCACACAUGUGCGCUUUCUCUCUCUGUCAUUGUGCCACUGGAAUUUAGCAGUCCUGUGCUAAAAUAAAUUGAUGGUUUCUUUUUUAUCUAUUUUUUCUUGGUAAAAGCCUACAUAAAUGAAAUGGUGCAAACAUUUUCCAAGCUGCUAGGUUUUCAGACACUUUAGGUGGAAAAUUAAAUUAGGGGGAAAAUACUGUCAGCCUAGAGAAGUAAUGUAUUUACAACCAAUUGCAUUCAAAUCUCACAAUCACAUAUAUAGAGCAUUGUAUUUUUUACAACAUUUUUUAAUUUCAUAAUGGAAAUUGCUUAGGGUUUAGCACCAUAACAUCACGUCAGAGAUGGACAGUCUUCAGAACUGCUAAGCCCCAGGCUGCCGGCUGGAAAAGAAUUUGAUCAGCCUUAAGUUGCAAGCAAGAACAGGGUCAUUAAAGACAUGAGGCCCCAAGCACUUACUAGAGCCUCUUAUGGUUAAUGCUUGCCCUGAAAGAGUCUGUAGCUUCCCAGUGCAAUGCUGUAAGAAAGAAGGCUGUAACUGUAAAUUAGCAAGGAAAAGGCAGUUUCUUUUAAGAAAUUAGAUUUCUGCUGAGAUGUUGAGAAUUAAAACAAACAAACAAAAAUACAACAUUGUAAUCUAGUCCAGGUGUAUUGUAAAGUUCUGACUGCCACGCAGAUUUGUCUUCAUCUUUUCCAAGCUUUCUAGUGGGGUUUUUCUUUCUGGUUUGUUUUUGUUUUGCUUUUUCACUAUAUCCUCAAGGAAUCUGCUACAGAUUCUGGGUAGUCAGUCUGGAAAGAGAAUACUAUAUUAGUGAAAAUUCAAUAGUGAAGAACUGCAACCACAAAAGUGGUUCUGCUGAUGUAAAAGAUACAGUAGGAUUUGAAUUGCUGCCAUCUAACGUGUACUCAAAGGUUAUAAAUAAUGUAGAAGGAAUGGAUAAAACCCUAAUCAGAUAAAUGUGGAGAGAAUUAGUUAUGCAGGUUCAGAUAACAGUGCAUAAAGUUUGAGGGGACUCUGUAUUCAAACAUUAGUUAGAUCAGCUCCCAGGAACACUGCUAAAUUCCAAAUCCUUUUUCAUGGGUUGAGCUGUUAGUCAUUUCUCUUCUCUUUUAUAUGUGACAUUAGUGCUGUUUUUCAGAAGUAUGCACCUAUAGCUUUGGAUUUAAUUUUAAUAGCCUAUUACUCAUCACAACUUGAGACUUCUUUUUUUCCAAACAUCAGAAAACUGUGCUAUGAUAAUUUCAAACAUCUCAGUGUCUUGAACAACAGAAGAGAGCUUUUCUUGUGUUCUAUUUCAUUCCUCCUAUUCAGUAUGCUAGUAGAUAUUGUGGCUUUUAGAAAGGUCUGAAGGAAGUAUACUAACAUUCGAUCCUGAAGGUGAACUUUAUAGCAUUACAAUUUCCUCCUGGAACUUAGCUGUGAUAUUCAACACUAGUAUUAUUAGAUACUCAUGUACAGUAAUUCAGGUUUAUGUUUCAUAUUAAAGAAUGUAUUUGUAAAUUGUAAUCAAUAGUUUCCUUAUUAUAAUACAUUUUUAAAGUUCUGCAAAGAAUAAAGAUAAUGUAUUGUUAGACUUGAGACUAUUGUACUGCAAAAUUUGUAUUAAAAGGCUACUCUUGUGUGUAGCAGAAGUUGUUAAUUCUUGUGAAAAUAUUAACAAAAUGUGCUCUCUAAACGAAUGAUCUUAAAGGUAGGUUUGCUAUAAUAUGCCAAACUUGUAAUACUUGCUGGUAUCUAUUGUAACUAAUUCCUCAGAAGUCCUCAAAGAUGUAGAAAUAAUUUUGUGCCAUUCUGAAAGAAGUGGGACCUGCUCUAUUGAUUGAUUACCGCAACCCCAAAUGAUGUCAUUAAACAUUUUACCUGUGGCAAAAAA